AUGGACUACCCGGCGCCUCGAUCGAUAGAACAUCUUCGGACUUGCCUGGGUAUGGUGGGUUGGUACGCGAAAUUUAUCGAAAAUGAAAGUGACAUAAAGGUACUACUCACGAAAUUAUUGGGGAAAGAUGAGCCGUGGGUUUGGGGCGGUGAGCAACAGGAGGCAUUUGAGCGACUGAAAAAAUCGCUCACUGAAGCUCCUGUGCUUGCGAACCCGGACUUGGGAACUAAAUUUCCGGGAAUGAGUGAUACGAAGUUAAAAAAAGGAAACUUCGACAGACCACAAAUUCGAACCUUAUUUGCAGAUCAGUACUUUGUUACGAGAAUGAACGAAACUGAGAAGAAAGCAUGGAUCAGCUUCAAAGCAGUAGCACAAAACUUCCUGGGAAAUCAAAAAAGUGAUCAGUCUCAGAUUCUAGUUAAUAAACUGCUGGAGAAUUAUCAGAAAUUGGGUUGUUUGAUGAAUUUGAAAUUAUAUUUCCUGCAGUCUCAUCUGGACUAUUUUUCCGUAAAUCUCGGGGACUACACUGAAGAACAAGGUGAACGAUUUCAUCAGGAUAUACAGGAAAUGAAACGUAGAUACCAAGGAAGAUGGGACAUAACAUGA